CAAAAGGGAGAGAAGAUGAAGAGAGAGAUGGAAACAGAUUGUCAGAGGGAGAAGAUCCAACAUCUCAUUUUCUUACGUGUUCCCAUUUCGUAUGUACACGUGAUUUUUUAUUAUCUAUUUUUUUAAAAAUGGAUUUAUACCUUAAAUUAAUCGGUGCUUCUCCUUCUAUUCCAUAAAUCAUAUAUAUUUUCCACUGGUUCACUACAACAUUAAAAAAUGACACGGUCAACUUGAUCAUUGCACAUUUAAUAUUUUAGUAUGGAAUGGAUCCAUAGUUCAUCAACACCAAGCACAUAGUUCUUCUCAACAAUUCAACAUCAACAAAAAAUCAGAGAAAAAUAAUUGAAGCUUGAGAUAAUGAUUCCUCCUUCUCAUAGUUCACUAUACUAUUGUUGUCAGUUUGUACUUGCUUUUGCACUUUUUAGUUUGCAUAUGUUAACUCCUCUUGAAGCUUAUGGCUCAAAGGUUGAACACCUUCCUGGUUUUCAAGGGCCACUCCCUUUUGAACUUGAAACGGGGUACGUGGGGUUAGGAGAUUCAAAUGAUGACAUGCAAGUGUUUUACUAUUUUGUAAAGUCAGAAAAUAAUCCUCAGAAAGACCCUCUUAUGCUUUGGUUAACUGGUGGUCCUGGCUGUUCUUCUUUUUCUGGACUUGUGUAUGAAAUAGGUCCAUUUGCAUUUGAAAUCAAGGAGUACAACGGGAGCGUGCCUAGUUUGGUCUUAAGGCCACAGUCAUGGACAAAGCUAUCCAACAUUAUUUUUGUAGAUUUGCCACUUGGAACUGGUUUCUCAUAUGCAAAAAAUGUCACGUAUCACCGGAGCGACUGGAAACUUGUUCACAAUACUUAUCAAUUUCUUAGGAAGUGGCUGAUUGAUCACCCUGAAUUUCUUUCAAAUGAAUUCUACAUUGGAGCUGAUUCAUACUCAGGCAUUCCUGUCCCAGCCGUUCUUCAAGAAAUUUCAAAUGGAAAUGAAAAAGGUCUCCAGCCAUUGAUAAAUCUCCAGGGAUAUCUGCUAGGGAACCCCUAUACAACACACAAAGAAGAUAAUUAUCAAAUCCAGUAUGCUCAUGGAAUGGGACUCAUCUCUGAUGAACUUUAUGCGUCAUUGCAAAGAAAUUGUAAAGGAGAGUACAUUGAUGUAGAUUACAGAAAUGAGUUGUGUUUAAGAGAUCUCCGGUCCUUUGAUGAGUGUCUCUCAGGAAUUAAUAAGGAAAACAUUUUGGAUGGCUUUUGUGAAGAUGAUUCGCGUCUGUGGAGGAGAUCGUUGAAACAGGAGCUGGGCGCACCUCUUAGUUCUCCUCUCACAGUUCCCAAAUUAAGCUGCCAUAUUUAUCGUUUUUACCUCGCCACUAAAUGGGCUAACGAUGAGAGUGUUCGCAAGGCACUGCAUAUUCGAGAGGGAAGCAUAGGGAAAUGGGAACGAUGUUACACUACUGAUUUUGAGCGUGAGAUCUUUAGUAGCGUUGAGUUUCAUGUGAAUCUAAGCAAAAAAGGAUACCGCUCUUUGAUAUACAGUGGGGAUCUUGAUUUAGUUGUUCCUUUCCAGUCUACUCAAGCAUGGAUAAGGGAUCUAAACUACUCCAUUGUAGAUGAUUGGAGGUCAUGGUUUGUAAAUGGUCAAGUGGCAGGAUACACAAGGACUUACUCAAAUCGAAUGACAUUUGCAACUGUGAAGGGUUCAGGACAUACAGCUCCUGCAGUCACUCCUGAGCAAUGUUUAGCCAUGUUCACCAGGUGGACAUCUAAUUUGCCUUUGUAAUUUGCCUUCGUUUUUUUAUUUGACAAACUCUUACUUUGCUUAAUGUUGUUGCAUCCUAAGUUUGAGGGGAGGUAUUAAAUAAUAAGAUUGGGCUUAAGUUAUUGGGUCUUUAUAUUUUUAAGUUAGUAGAGUCCAUUAGGUUUUUAUAUAAAUUAUGUUGUAACCUUAUGACAGUAAUGUCAUUGUAAUUUUAUUGGAAACCCUAGUCGUCGUUAUUGUGCUAUUCUCUGAAACCCUAUUUUGUUAACAUCGUAUUGUAUAAAGAGCAUUGUUUGGUCCUCCUUGAA